AUGGUAUCGGAUUUCCCAGCAGUGUCAGCAGGAGGAGCCGGCUUAGCAUCAAACAAUACCGUAACCAUUGAUACAAGUAGUGGUACGACAAUUGAUACCUUCGAUCAAUCAGGAACUACUAGUACCAGCACUACUCACCAUCAUCAUCAUCAUCAACUACUGGGUGAUGAAAUAACGUAUGUCACUGAUAGUAAUUUAGCUGUACCCGCAACAGCAACAACAACUACACUUAAAACAACUACUGUAGCUGCAACAACGGAAGUUGGCUUUUUAACAAGUGAAGCAGAGGGUACCGUGGAAACGGUGAUAGUUCGGUCAAGUGAUAUCAGUGGUAGUGACGAGACACAUCAACUAAGCCUCAUGGAUGCCUAUCCAAUAGGACAAGUGACAUCAACGUACCUAAGUUAUUACGAUAUCAGUGUACUGAAGCACCGAACGUGUUGUAGUUGUGUUGCACUAUAUAUCAUCAUUAUCAUAUGA